ACCACUAACAUUCUGGCCGGCUGACGGAGUCUAUUGGACAAGAAUUCCUCCUAUAAAUACGUGGAUGCCCCAAGAAAAAUCCCAAGUUUAUUGUUCAUAGCCGUGGUGUUCGUGAGUGUUAAUUUUCCAAGUCUCAAACUUUUUCGACAAAUAGUGGGUGUGAUAAUGAGGUUCACAUUUUGCACUUUUGUAUGCUUAACCAGUGUCAUCUCUGCCUUGGGUCAGAGUCUUCCUGAUGGAAUCACACCGUGCAGAGAAGGUGAUCCACAGAGGAAUGACUGCAUCCAGGAGCAACUUCAGAGGCUCCUGCCUAUGAUGAAAAAUGGAAUUGAAAGCUUGGGUAUCGCAUCAAUUGAUCCAAUCCCCUUCGAUGGUCUACCGUUUGAGUACAAAGCUGGCCAGACCCAGCUGACAUUCACCCUGAAGAAAGGCAGAUGUACGGGCUUCGGUGAUACCCAAAUCAAGAAAGUGCGCUCUCAGAUCACAGAUGACGAAUGGAAAUUCCACAUUGAUGUUCUCGUGCCAAGAGUCUAUAUCGAGGCUAAGUAUCGAGGACACGGAAUAAUUAACGCAAUGAGUUUGGGCUCAAAGGGUGACUUCAAUGUAACAGCCACUGGUUUAUCGGGGACGAUGAAAAUUCGCGCAAAGAAGGAGAACAUUGAUGGUGAGGACUACAUAAGGGUCAAUCAUAUUGAAUUGGUGCCAAAAGUAAAGACACUCCGAACCUACAUUGAGGGCCUUGUGCCAGAUCCUGAGCUCAAUAGGAUUGCCCUGGAAUUUGUCAAUGAGUACAUUGCCCAGAAUCGGAAUGAUCUGCUGAGGGAGACAAAACGGUUCUUUGACCCUCUUCUAACGCCUGUCGCCAACAGCAUUACACUUCGCAUUCCAGCACGAAAUCUCCUACUCUAGUCCAGUCUGUCUGUAAGUCCUUAUUGUAAAAAGAAAAAUAAAUUCACAUGGGUCAGAGGAAAGGCUGAAUCAUCUCAUCGCUCUCAACAUUCCAAUUGCUCGAUGGUUCUUUUGCCCAUGAGAAUUCUCCAUGUAUAUUUUCCUUAAAUAAAGUCUAAGAAUGAGUGAUAAGAAUUUGGAUUAUUUUGCACGAAUUCUGGGUCAAUUGCUACUGCUUUAACUUUGACAUUGUGUAUCAAUAUUUAAAGCUUGAAGUAGACAGUUAUUGACAAGUUAUUAAAUAUAUUGUUAUUUAUAUGAAUAAAAUAUUUCUAAAUAAAA